AUGAGCGGUGCUUCCAAUGCAGUAGCAGGUGUGCCAUGUGGUGGAGAAAGUAUACUUCAUUCUGUUAACAGACUUAUGGAAUUGAAAGCACAAGGUGUGCAACAAGGUGAUCCCCUUGGACCCUUGCUUUUUGCUCUUAUACUUCAUCCUAUUAUGAACAAGAUUGCAUCUCAAUGUAGCCUUGACCUGCAGGCUUGGUAUUUGGAUGAUGGGACUAUCAUUGGAGACACUAUGGAAGUCUUAAAGGUUUUGAAUAUCAUCCAAUUUGAAGGAUUACACCGAGGUCUUCAUCUUAAUGUUCAUAAAACUGAACUUUUUUGGCCAGCUGCAGAUCCAAGAAGUUUUGACCCUGACGUUUUUCCUAACAACAUCAGUCGACCGUCUUCAGGUGUCAAAUUACUUGGUGGUCUGGUAAGCAUGGAUUUACAGUUUUGUAAUGAUAUGGUUAUGCAAAGGAUGAACAAGACAAUUCAGCUCAUGAAUAUUGUCAAGAAGCUUAAUGAUCCCCAAUGUGAAUUGUUGUUGUUGCGCAAUUUUUCUGGUGUUUCCAAACUAUACUUCACCAUGCGCACCACUUGCCCUCUGGCCUUAGAGAAAUCCAAAACUCACUUUGAUGAUCACCUUUAUCAAUACCUGAGGCAGUUAGUGACAGUUGAUGGUGCAGGCUUCGGACCAUUACAAUACAGGCUUGUAACUUUUCCAAUCAGGGAUGGCAGUCUUGGGAUUUACACCAUGUCAGAUACAACCCACUACUGCUACUUGGCUUCUCAAUUUCAGACGCAGUUUAUUCAGCGCAUCAUCCUGAGUAGCAUAACUUCAGCAGAACCAAGCCCCAUUAGUCAGCAGGCCUUGCAGACGUUCACCCAGGUUUGUGGUAUAACUUCUUCUUUGCUUAACUUUGAUAGUGCUUCCCCCCCAUCCAUGGAUUCCAUGCAUUCUCUGGAAGUAAUAUAUUUUGAAUCAGUGAAGAAACAGCUUCCCACCAAUUUCAAUAUGUCUACACGUGACUGUAUGUUGUGGCAAAGUAACAUAUUGAAACAUGCCCAAGAUUACUUGCUUGCUAUACCUAUAAGUGGUUUAAACCAAACACUUGGUCCUACACAGUUUCGAUGUAUACUUAGUUAUCGUCUUGGCAUUCCUCUUUUCCCCAAAGAUAGUCGAUGUACUAGCUGCAACAGGGAGAUGGAUAUAUAUGGUGACCACGCAUUACAUUGUGCCAGUGAGGUUGGCAAUAAAUUUAGGCAUGAUCUUGUACGUGAUAUUUUCGUAGACAUCUGUUUCAGAGCAGGGAUUUCAGCUAGAAAAGAGGCAUAA